AUGAGCAUCGACGAGGCAAAGGAGGGCGGCGGAGGCCCUGCCAUGUCUCCUCGCGCUUUUGCGGUUGCGCACCAGAGAGACAAGGGCAGCUUCGUGGGUUGCUCUAGAAUUGCCGACUACGAAGUCCUGGGUAAACUGGGCGAGGGUACCUUUGGUGAGGUCCACCGCGCGAGGUCGAGGAAAACAGGUGCCCUGGUUGCACUCAAGAAGAUCAUCAUGCACAACGAGAGAGAUGGGUUCCCCAUCACCGCGCUCCGAGAAAUCAAGCUGCUUAAGCUUCUCUCACAUAAAAAUGUCUUGCGCCUAGAAGAGAUGGCAAUUGAGCAUCCACCCAGAACCGACAAGCGAACGAGACCCAUCGUGUACAUGGUCACGCCCUACAUGGACCACGAUUUAUCCGGCUUGCUCGAUAACCCUUCGGUCCGCUUCACAGAACCACAAGUCAAAUGCUAUCUGUUGCAGUUGCUAGAAGGUCUGAAGUAUCUGCACGCGAACCACAUUCUUCACAGAGAUAUGAAGGCGGCCAAUCUUCUCAUCAACAACAAAGGUAUACUACAAAUUGCCGACUUUGGUCUAGCGAGGCAUUACGAGGGCGACAUUCCCCAACCAGGAAAGGGAAGCGGCGAGGGGAAACGUGACUAUACUAGCUUGGUGGUCACCAGAUGGUACCGCCCUCCCGAGCUUCUGAUGCACCUCAAGAGAUAUACCACGGCGAUAGAUAUGUGGGGUGUCGGAUGCGUGUUCGCGGAGAUGCUGGAAGGGAAGCCGGUAUUGCAGGGUGAAAGCGAUCUUCACCAGUUAGAGCUUGUUUGGGACCUUUGCGGAACACCAUCCGAGGAGACUAUGCCCGGAUGGAGGACGUUACCCGGUAGCCAGGCAUUUACAUCAAAGUUUCGGCCAGGAAACUUGACGCGCAGAUUCGAGAAGCAUGGUCCCGUGGUUAUUUCGCUGCUCAAGGAGCUGUUCAAGCUUGACUGGAGGUCACGCAUCAACGCGAUCGAUGCUCUCAACCACCCAUAUUUCCGGACCGCGCCACUACCGGCUCUACCUGGCGAUUUACCAACGUUCGAGGAGAGUCACGAAUUUGACAGGCGCAAGUUCCAAGACAGGAAAGCGGCCUUACCGCCUGCGCCUAAGGGAGGCACUGUCGGCCGCGGAGCUGUGGUUAACGGCCAAGGAGGCCCAGCUUCCGGAUUCAGCGGUAGAGAUGGCUACGGCGGUGGUGGUCGGAAUGGCGCAAACGGCGGCAGAUACCCACCAUACCACCGCGGUCCCCCACCCGGCGACGAGCGAGUUCCCUCGUGGCACAGCGCACGGGGGUUACCACCACGACCGCCACCGCCCGCAGACUACCAUAACGGACCGGUCGAGCAUGCCGACGGGUACCGUGACCGUCCACCGCGUAGGGGUCCCGGCGGACCGCCAGGAGUGGGGGGAGGUGGUCCAAGUAAUGUAGACACCUACAUCCCCAGCUAUGACCGCGACGGACCCGCGCCGCCGCGCCGUGAAGACUGGCGCCGCCGUGACGACUGGGACGAUAGGCGAGGAGGAGUUGAUCGGGAUAGGAGACGGCCACCUGUAGACUACGACGCCAGGAGCCGCGACAGCAGGACGAGGAGCCGAACACGCAGCAGAUCACCGCGCGAUCGAGGUCGCGACCGUGAUGCAUAUGCGCGAAGUAACAGGAGUAGCUUGAGGGAAGACGAGCAGAACAGUAGCUCUGAGGGCCCCGAGGAAGGCGAAUCGCCUCUUUGGGUGUGA